UAACUGCCAAUAUCGACGCCAAAACGAUGGAGAUACCGAUAACCAUGAUAACUCACGAUAACCAGGCCACCGAGUGUGCCUAUAUGAUAACCAUGAUAACCCACGAUAACCAGGCCACCGAGUGUGCCUAUAUGAUAACCAUGAUAACCCACGAUAACCAGGCCACCGAGCCACCGAGUGCCUAUAUGAUAACCAUGAUAACUCACGAUAACCAGGCCACCGAGUGUGCCUAUAUGAUAAUCAUGAUAACCCACGAUAACCAGGCCACCGAGUGUGCCUAUAUGAUAACCAUGAUAACCCACGAUAACCAGGCCACCGAGUGUGCCUAUAUGAUAACCACGAUAACCCAUGAUAACCGGGCCACCGAUUGCCCAUAUGAUGACCUAUGCCGAUGACCUAUGCCGA